AAAGAUUCAAUUGAGCGUACUCGUACAUACCAAACGAGUUUAUCAACCGCAGUCGUAAUGGCGGAUACUACAAACCACGAUUUCUCACAUCUUCAAGAUGUAAUGGGAACUCUACCCAUGGUCAAACGUUACAUCGUGUUCUGUCUGGCCUUCACUCUUGAGGAAUCAAUAUCCAUCUCUGCAGUGGAACACGCACUUAAAGACACUCUGAAAAGACUGACAGUCGCUUUCCCCUGGCUGGCAGCACAGGUUGUCUUCGAAGGACAAGAGCAGGGCAAAUCCGUUAUUCCAAAGGUGAUUCCGCUUGGAGACACCAUCGAGCUCAUUGUCAAGGAUCUUCGACAAGAUGCUAGCUUCCCUACCAUGGCCGAGCUCGGCAAGGCAAACUUCCCCUUUACGAUGUUGGACAGUGCUGUUAUCGCACCCCCGAUCGCCUCAUCCUGGGCAACCGACGGCCCCGACAAAACAGCCCCCGUGCUCAUCCUCCAAGCUAACUUCGUGCAAGGCGGCCUACUCCUCCUGUUCUCUGGCAACCACACCCAAAUGGACAUGACGGGCCUAGGCGGCAUUAUCUCUCUGUUCUCUAAAGCCUGCCGCAAGGAACCCUUCACAGGGUCCGAAGUAGCGCAGGGGAACCAAUCCCGACGGAACGCCGUCCCUUUACUCGGCGAUAACUACCAGCCCGGCCCCGAGCUAGACGACGUCUUCGCCAAACCCCGACCGCCUAUUGAUAUCUCCUCUGCGCCUAGGUGGGUAUACUUCAACUUCCCUGCCGCUAAUCUGGGCCGGCUCAAGACGGAGGCUAGUGAUCAGACUAUCGUGCCGUACAUCAGCACCGACGAUGCCGUAUGCGCUUUGGUCUGGCAGCGCAUCACGCAAGCGCGGAAAUCACGCCUUGGAAGCCAGACGACAACACUGUUCGGUAGGCCGUUUACGGUGCGCAAAUACUUCGGUCUCGAAGGCUACCUGGGCCACAUGGUCGACGUAGCUUACGGGUCCGAAACGGACGUGUGGGAGAAGCCACUGGGGGAGGUAGCCGGGCGUCUGCGGGCGGUGUUACAAAGAGACGAGCAGAUUAAGCAUCACUCCAGGGCGUUUGCGACCAUGAUUCAUAGGCUGGACGAUAAGAGCCAGUUGGUCAAUGGGGCGUGUCUGGAUUUUAAUCGGGAUAUAUGCAUUUCGUCGUACGCAAACGUUAAAUGCUGUGAGUGGGACUUUGGUCCGAUUUUGGGGAGGCCUGAGGCGGGGAGGAGGCCUAAGAUGGGGGCCUCGCUGGGUUGGGCGUAUAUGAUGCCUAAGUCGAGGAAUGGGGAUCUUGCGGUGGGUAUUUGUAUUAGUGAGGGGGAUGUGGAGAGCUUGAGGGUAGAUGGGGUAUUUGGGAACUAUGCGGAAUUUGUUGGGUGAGGAUUGAGAGAUUAUGAUCCAGGGACUAGCGCAUAGGGGUACGUCAAACGUAUCGCCUUUGCUGUGCUGUGGUCGGAUGGAUAGCACAGCAUGUCCCCCUUUACAAUGAACCGAGUUGCCGCGGAGAAGUCUAGAGUUCUAGCUGAUGGCAUGGAGGAUUAAAUCGGCAUCAUCGUAACCAGAGAGGAUCAAAGUUUUAGUCUCGAAUAAAGAGAGGAAAUAGACAGAAAUUAAAUAGAAGCCUCUGGAAUCAGGAUCGAAG